AUGGCGGAAGACCUGCUGCAUCCAGGCGCCAUCGUCAAAGAUCGAUGGAAAGUUACCAAGAAAAUUGGUGGUGGAGGCUUCGGUGAGAUCUACGAAGCCCUUGACCAAGUCAUUGAUGAGUGCGUAGCCAUCAAGCUAGAAUCUGCUCUCCAACCUAAGCAGGUGCUCAAGAUGGAAGUUGCCGUCCUCAAGAAACUUCAGGGGCGGGAUCAUAUCUGCAAGUUCAUAGGCUGCGGUCGCAACGAUCAGUUUAACUACGUUGUGAUGACCGUCCAGGGCCAGAACCUUGCAGAGCUCCGCCGUGCACAGCCCCGUGGCACGUUCUCCGUCAGCACCAUGCUCAGGCUUGGAGUACAGAUUCUUGAAUCGAUAGAAAGCAUCCACGAAGUGGGCUUUCUACACAGAGACAUCAAACCUAGCAACUUUGCCAUUGGGAAAGCUGCUGCUAACACAAGAAAGGUGUACAUGUUAGACUUUGGUCUGGCAAGGCAGUAUACCAAUUCUCAGGGUCAAGUUAGAACGGAGAUGGGUCGUCAUGAUGAUUUGUGGUCAUUGUUCUACAUGUUAGUAGAGUUUGUCAUUGGUCAACUUCCAUGGAGAAAAAUCAAAGACAAGGAACAAGUAGGUUUGUUGAAGGAAAAGUACGAUCAUCGUUUACUACUGAAACACAUGCCCAUGGAGUUCAAGCAGAUAUUAGAACAAUUCCAGUCCUUAGAAUAUGCAGACAAACCAGAUUACAAGUGCAUCCAUUCUUUAUUAGAGCGAUGUAUGAACAGGAAGAAUAUCAAGGAGAAUGAUGCCUAUGAUUGGGAAAGACCACCAGUAGAUGGAACUCAUAACUUACUCCUUCUUCAACUAGUCCUCUUUGAAGUGCCAUCAAGUCCAGAUAAACAAGAGAAGAAAAUCAGCUACCCAGAGCCAAACAUCCACAAAGCCAACGUUGAGAUCAGACUGGUUGAGAGUACACAUACACAGCCAGAGAAAGUGGAUGAGAGUCAUGAGAAACAAGAUGAAGAGAAGGAAGUCCAGGAGGAGGAGGACGAGGAGGAAGAGGAAGAAGAGGAGGAUCAAAAUGAUGAAGAGGAGGAGAUCAAUAUGUCAGGGGUUACGCAAGAGAAAGAAUUGCAAGGAAAAGUAACUACUGAUGUCAAAGGAAGCGACAAGAUGUUCGCUAUAAGGAAGAGCAAACGAUCACAAGACAGAAAGCGAAGGUUACUCCACAAGCGACAUAAACCAAAGAUCCGAACCAUGGACAGCCAUGCCAUCAUGGAGGGUGAUAUUAGUACUUACCGCGGUGGAAUGGAAUUUGGUGUAAGUGAGAGGGAGCCCUCAAUAGAGGAGAAUUUGCCAACCAUGCAGAAAAGUGUUACUGUUCCAGCAGAAACAAUGAAGAAGGAAGAAAAAGAGGAGAAAGGAAGGCCAAGGCCAGAGCCAAUUGGAUCAUCAACGAAAGUGGAAACAAAAAAAGUAGAUCAGUUGGUUCCAGGGAAAGGGAAUGGUUUACCUCCAUCAGGACGACUUGGCAAAGAUAUCAUGCCUGUAAUUCAGGUUGUGAAAAAGCCAGACUUGAAAGCAGCUGUUGAUAUUCCAACCGGAAAAGAAUCACCUAAAAAGGAUAUGGGAAGCGGUGUCACAAGUAGAACUGAAAGUACAUUGAAAGGUGAUGUGUUGCAGUCGAAACAACCGAAAUCUGCCUUUGCAAAGGCAUUCAAAUCAAUAGAACCUCUUCAGGAAGCAGAACCUGUUGUCGUAGACCAGAAAGUGCCCCCAAAACAAGAGACUCUGUCUGCCCAAAAGCAACAUGCAACAAACUUAGCCAAGAGUGAAUUGAAAGUAGUUAGUUCGAAGGCAAGUGCAGAUGCACCAACAAGAAAUGCAACACCAAGUACUGAACCUUCGAAACCUGUAGUCACUGAUGCACCUCCUCAUAAACCUGUUCCUUCCACUGUCAAUCAGACUGACACUCAGCCAGUAGUGAAAACUAGUGGUGAAGCUAAACCUUUAAGUGCAAUUAAACAAAUAGAUGGUGUAACAGUAUUGUCAAAUGAACAAACAAAUGAAAAACUCAAAACACCAUUUGAGGUGAAGAAAAAUGAAAUCCAGCAAGUCCAUCAAAAAGUGAAACCUGAGCUGCAGGUACCAGACUGCAAGCAGCAAACCAAGGACAAAGAUAAAUCUGUAUCACCUAUCUUACAAAAGCUAUCUCCAGGCAAGAAGGAAGAAACACCGUCUCCACAGCGAAGCGUUUCUUCUAAGCCAGCUGAACCUUCUGCAAGCAAACAGCAGAAAGUGAACCUGCAAGAUACCAAGCAGCAACCAACAUCGAAACCAGAGGAGAAGCUUUCUAUCAAACCAAAUACACGAGCUUUGUCACCUGUGCAGCAGGCUGGAUCUGAUGCUAAACAGGAAAAACCUGCUUCCAAAAUCGCUUUUCGUUUGUCUCCUGUGAAGAAAGGCCUUAAACUGGAAGAGGAGAGUCAGAGACCCGUCUCACCCAAGCCAACAAAUUUGACUGUAAAGCAACAAGAAGUGCCUCAAGAACGGUCCACCUCUCCAAAGCCAUUUGGCAGUCCUGCUGUCAAGCAAAAACAGAUUUCUCCUCAGCAGCUACAAGGCAAUACAUCAAAAGAACCAAAGGUGCAAUCAAAAGUUGAACUCAAAACAAAUCAGCCUUUGAAGGAUAAAUCUCAACCAACCCCUGAUAAAAUUUCACCUGGUGCCGGACAAAAGACUCCUGUGGUAGCAUCUGUGCAGCUAUUUUCUAAGCAGUUAGAGCAGAAACCAGGUGUGCAGAAAAAAUCACCGGAACCAGUAGACACUGGAAAUAAAAAGCAAGGUCAAGCAGCAGUGGUUGAAAAGAAACCAUUUACAAUCAAGCCACAAAAGUUAGAAGAGAAAGCUAGUAAGCCUCCUGAACAACGCUAUGUUAACCAGAAACCUCCUGCACAAGAUAUUCCCAAAGUGUCUUCAACAGAACCUGUCAUCAAAAGGAUAGUAGCACCUCAGCCGAAUCACAAGGCACCACAAAAAUCUGUUCUGCAGGAAACGGUUGUACCUUCAAAAGUGCAAGAAAAGGUGGAGAAACCAGUUGUAAUUGAAUUGAAAAAGUUAAAACCAUUAUCUCCCACAAAGGAUGUAACUGAUAGUGGAAAGAAAGUGAAUGCCCCUUCAUCAAACAGAACUCCAGAGGCUGUGGUGGCUGUUCCACAGCGGACUGAGGCAAAACAAUGUUUGCAGAAAGAACCUAGUGAUGUUCCUAUUAAGAAAGACAAUGAUAUAAAACUAGAAAUGAAAAAUGAGAUCAUUGUUAAAACCCCUGCUGAAUCAUUGAAAAAACCUCAACUAGACAUGGUACGCAAUGCCUCCGAAGAACGACAUUUGAUGGAAGAGCUUCUAAUGGGCACUAUCACAGAAAAAGACUUUGAGCAGAAAGUGGAACUGGUUCAAAAUCCCCCUACAAGUGAUGACAGUGAUUCUAAGAAGAAGAAACCAUGGAAUGACAGACCAGAUUAUAAGAAGAAGAAUAAGACAUCCGAGAGCUCAGUAUCACAAACAAGCAGUAAAGACAUUAACACAGAUAAAAAACAAGAUGUUAUGCAGCUCUUGAUGAUGGGUUGUGAAUGGGAUAUGGCUGAAGAGAUACCAGAUAAUUCAAAGAAAUCACAGGAGAAUGAACAGAAUGAAACAACAGAUACUACUCUUAAAGGUAGUGUGUCUCGAUUAGGUAAAUCAGGAAAUGAUUCGACUGCAGUACAAGGGCUGGAGAUAAAGAAGAAAGAACAGGCUGUCAAGGUUAUGCCUAACAAGGGGACUAUUGGAAGGGCAAUGAUGAAGUCUCCAUCAUUUUCAACAACGAUUGUCCAGGAGGAUGAUGAUGAUGAUGUUUUCUUGCCAAAGGAAGCUGUAUCCAACAGUGAUGGAAGGAAUAUUCAGCAUAGACCAGAACCUAUUGGGGAUGAAUCAAAGCCUUCAUUACCUGUUGACCUUCAACCUAAGGUGUCUCAGAAGGAAGAUGCAACCAGAAGCAGACCAGCAUCAAAAGACUUGAAGAAGAUAGAAAAAGAAAUGAUCAGACAGUCUUCAAAGGACAGGGAGGAAAUGGAAAACAUUUUUUCAGAUAUGACAAGUAGCAUUCAUGAUGAUGUCAUGAGUCCUGAACUCAGCAAAAAGAGCAAAAGUGAUGACAAGCAGGGAAGCAAGACAACAUCUAGCGCUCCAAAGCAGGCAAAAGACAUACAGGUCAAGGGAACCACUGUUGAAAAGAAGCAAAAGGAGAAAAAGCCAGUUCAAAGGCAAAAUAGUGGUGAAAAGAGCAAAAGUUCUAGUGAAACAAAGUCUGCUGGAUCAAGCAAAGGUCGCAAGAGAAUGAGUCCAGUACGUGCUCGACAACUACCUGAAACUCCCAAGAAAGAUCCAAAUAGAGAGACUGUCCCUGGAAGUCCGAGAAAAGAUGGACUAACUUCAGUUUCCCCUGAUCUUGCAAGUCCUCAAAGUAGAAGAGCUGUCAAACAGCCAAGGAAAUUGCCCGAGGUACCUAAAAUUCUCCUUGAAAGUAAACUGGGGCAGUUGAAACAGGAUCGCUCAGCAGCAAGACCAUCCAGUGGAAAGUCUCAGAAUGACUCUCCAAAGACUCCACGCAGGCACAGGUCUUCCAGGACUGAUACACUAGAAGAGACUAGUUGUCAGUCAGAGAGCAGUCACUCAGUACCUGUCAGGAGAGACCAAAUUAGUGACAGAGGAGUUGAUAAGUCACCCCGUCAAUCUCCAGCCACACCGAGGAGACGUAUCUAUGAUCCAUCCACAUAUGCAGUUAUGCAGAGCGUAUCACAUGAUGAAGGAGGUAACCCUGAAGUGUCUGAAUGUGCAACUCGGUGGCAGGAACCUAGCAUGUAUAUGGAGUCUUCUUCCCGUGCCCCAUUGGUUCGUGAAUCCUCAAUUGACGCUGUCAGGACUGAGAAUGACGUGCCAGCGGGAGACCAGCUGUCUCCUGAAUCCAGGGCAGUGGAGUUAAGUAAGAAGAGUACACCAUCACAUUUAAAACCAAGUGCAGCACUAGAAAAGAAGUGGCCCCAAGGAGAGUCCAUUUUAGGAAGAAGAGGAUCAUUCCCUGGAAUGGUAACAGAGCAAGGUUCUAACAGGUCACCCGGACAUUCGCCUCAACAACUUAGGAGAUCAAUAUUCAAUCGGGAUAGAGGAAAAGCCAGAUCUGAAAGUGAUCCUGCGAGGAUGUUAGAGAUUGCUAAUGCCAAAAAUGAACAACAAAAGCCUGGUUUUAGAAAGAACAUUCUCAGCAAAACCCAAGAUAUUAUUGUUUCUCUGAAAGCUAAGCUUCCUCUUUUUGGAGUCAAAGAUAUGAAGGGGCGUUCCCCUUCUCCAGAAUCACACGAUGCCACAUCUGCUUUUUCAGAGGAUAGAGAUUCAAAAAGAAUAUCACCAACUACCCUCAAUCCUCCUGAAGUCAUGGUAACAAUCCCCAAAUCUCCUCCUAAGUCUCCUCAGUCUCCAGCAAAGACACCUCUGUUGUUUUCUGAAGAUGAUAUGCAUUCUCCAGAAAGAGCAAGCUCUCCUCAAAAUACCUCAGCAGUUGGAGUGGAUGAUGUAUUCAUCAACACUGACUCUCCUAAGAAGAAAGAGAAGAAAAGGGAAGGAUUUCAUGUGGACAUUGAUCAAAUUGAUCGUAAAGUAUCGGCUGAAUUCGUUCCUGAAAGGAGUGAUGCAAGACAUGGUGCAAUACCUAAAACCAAAGCCAAACUUCAGGUUACACCUGAGGAUGAUAUUCGUGAGGUUGUUCUUGGUACAGCUGCUGGGGAUGCGGAACCCGCUAAGCCUGUUAAGCCUGUUAGAAGUGGCACGAUACGGGACCUGUCUCCCACAGCCAGGGCAGCUUUAAGAGCAAAGAGACAAAGACGACGGACAGAUCCUGGUCCUGAACAUGCUUUCAAAUUGAAGAAACAGCAAGAAGUGAGUGCUUCCGAGGGAGAUAUCAAAGAGGAUAAAGGUGAGGCAGUAAAAGGAAUUUUGAGGAGAGAAAGUUCAUCAUCUGCUCAAGAUGAUACAGAUAUCAAGGAUAAGGGGAUCUUCUCUGCAACAGAAUCUAUCCAUGGACCUACAAGUACCAGGAGGCAACGCCUGAGAUCUAAUCUGUCGGGUGAACGUGCUUCCUCUUUAGAAGAAAUGGUUGAAAGUAUGACGGAUUCCUAUGCUGUACAGCAUCAAGGACCAGAGGAGCCUAUAGCAAGUGAUUCAGGGUUAUCAUCAAGACUGGCCUGGGAGGCACUGACACCUCGACAGAGGAAGCGAAGAGAAAGGAUGCUUUCCAAACAGAGUACACCUCUACAAACUCCUGCUGAAAAAGUGAGUGAAAACCCAGCUCCUGCAAAUCAGUCGAAUGCAUGUACAGAUGGUAUCCAUUGCCAUGGGGAUUCCAGAUUGACAAAUGAGGAGAGGGUUCCAGCUAUUGCCGAUGGAACUCAUAUGAACAAUGAGCAUCACUCUCAUGAAAUAGAUCACCAUCACCAUCAUCAUCAUCAUCGCCACCAACAACCUCAGUGCAAUGGAGCUGCCAACAGACUCUCUCCUCAUGACCUAGCAGCCACGAGUGCGUCUUUUUCCUUAGCGGAAGACAUGACACCGCUCAGCACUCCACGGGGAGGACCUGCCGGGGCAACGCAAGAUGUCCAGUGCACAAGAUUACAGAGGGAUGAGGGAGACUACUCGGUGUCCAGGGAUGACAGUCAGUCAUCGUCCAUGUCUGGGGGAUCAUCAGGGAUCAAACCCAAACCCCCUGGGAGGAGACCCGACAAGUCUGUUGUCUCAGGAAGGAGGAGAAGGUACAGAAUAGCCCCCUCGGAAGUAUCGACAGGCCAAUCUUUGCCUAGAGAUGAUGGGUGACAUGCCAUGGAAGAACAGUAUUCUGGUGGACCAGAUUGAGUAGGAGAAUGAAUUCAUUGUACAGUUCAUUGCGCUUGAAAGUUGUAAUGUGUUUCAAACACCCAAGGCAUCUGAAAUAGUGUUGUAUGUAAUUUGAAAAAGCACAGAGAAUCUUAUGAGUAAAAUCUAGUUUAUCGUGUUAAAAGUUCUGAUGUCGUCCCAAGGCCCUUCUGAAAAACCAUUGGAUUCAAUGAAGGAAUGCUUAUUCAGAAUGUGCCCUCAAAGGAGCCAAUCAACAUCUACCUCUUAAUAAGUUACACCGAUUCCGAUUCAAUAAUGGUGGCAGGUUACAUUCUAUUUCAAUUCAGUCCAACAGGGCCUGUAAAAUUAAUUAAUUUUCGAACAUCCCUUAACAUGUUCUUGUUGGUUCAUAGAAAGCCGCCAAUGAUACUGCAAAUAAUGUUGUUUUCUGUAAUCGUUUAAAAGUAUUGAUGAAAAACGGUAAUUCUAUUUUUCAGCUUUCAAUGUAGAUUCAAUGCAGUAUUACAAAUUUAUUGAACCUUCCAUUUGGAAAAUUGUCUAUUUUAUUAUUAUUAUCAAAAUUUCCAAUUGGAUAGCUGCAUGAUUUCAUUUAUCAAAUGUCUAAAGUUUCCUGUACUUAAUAUUGCCAUUUCAACUUUCAAGCGCAAUAAGUCAACCCCUCAUCGACAAACAGAUCUUAGUGGACUAUUUAAGGAUUGCAUGCCAAUGCCCUCAAUCAAUGAAGCAGUACUAGAGUAGGUAGAUGAAGAGCUGCAUUGACCAUUGAACAGUAAAAGACAUUGCCUGUUCUCUAAUGGGACACUAUUGUGAACUCUUACAACAAGAAUACUUUCUUUAAACUAUGCAUGAGGAUGGACGCCCUACAAGAGGAAAUUAUUUGGUUUGACGGAGUGGUGCAUCUUGAUGGUAUUACUUACCUUGAAGCACUGCCGAAGCUAAUCAACAUACUUGUGGAUGUGGAGGAGACUGGUGUGUAUGAAUAUAUGGUGCUAUGUACUUAACUUAAGAAGUAGACUUUGACUCACAAACCCUCUGAGUAGAAGGCAUGUGUCACUGACGGUCCAUCAAGUUUCCUUACAGCUUUACCUUCUCGCCGCUUCAAGAACAGAAUCAUGCAUGAAAUGCAUUGAUGGUAGUUCAUAAGAUCUCUGAAGGCAUAUCCGCCAAGAUUACAAUCUUCAGGAAAAGGUGUACAUCUGCUGUUACAUCGAAGUGGUUUUUGUAAAGGCUCGGCUGUGAGGUUGUGUUACUGGGUUUAUUCACAUUGUCCAAACUUUUAUGUUAUGUAUUUAUUGUGUCAAACUUUUUUUUCUUCUCAGUUUCAUCAUUGAUGAUACAGUCAUCUUUUCCUACCUGUCUUUUAGAUACGGUAGUGUGCGCAAAUUUGACAUGUUUCUGGUAGGUUAGACACUGCUGGUUGGAUUCUGUGAAUAAGCCCAAGCAACAUCAAAUCAACUAUUCAUGGAAUCAACUUCACUUUGCAUUAUCUGUAGAACUGCUUGUAGUAUUUGUACUGUUUGAUUCAACUCAUAUGGUGUGACUACCUAACCAUAGAACAUCAUCCUCAUCAGUUCUAUGUUAAAGCCUUGGUUGGAUCAAACACUUCAUCUAAAACAAACAGGUCUGAAUACUUGUGCUCACUGUGUACUUUCAGACCUAUUGAUUCAAUAUGACUAGUGCUUCCUGUAUGUGUUGUCUUCUUUGAUACAAACUAACAAAAAAAAGUGCAGAAAAAAGAAAAGAAAUUGUGCUUGAUGUCAAGCACUUCAUGUAUAUAAAGUUUAUACCUGUAGAUUUUGAACUCGGACUUGUAACUAUCUGCAUUAUGUAUCAUUAACUUAUUUGCACAUAAUUUGUAAAACACCAUUUACAAGAAAGUUCUAUCAUUAUUACUGCGAUAUACAACAUAAUGAUGUUGCUUUUUUAUAUUAAGAAGUAUUGUGUAAAGUUUGAAUAUUUAUUGAAACGGCUCUUGUGUGUCAAAAGGAAAUGCAACUCAAGCUAUUGAUCAGUUGCUACCACUAUCUCUUGUAUCUAUCUUGCAUGAAAUCUACAGACUUAUGGUAGUCUCUGUGGUGCAUGUACUUCUUCAGUUUUCAUUAAAUAGUAGAAAAGAAAGAAAAACUCCCAUUUCCAAAGUACCCUUACAUUUUGAGAAUCUCCAAUGGUUAUUUGAAAAUAAAAGUGAGUCUAAGAUGUUUAGACCAUUUUCCACAAAAUUUUCUCAAUUAUAAAGACACAAUAGUUUUAUUUCAUUUUAUUUAUUGUAAUCAAAUGACAUAAAUUUGUGAAUUUAAUAACAGAGCUUUUCCUACAUGAUAUCACGGUCACUAGACCAUGAAAAAAGAGAUUCUUAUAUGAUUGACGAUAUCUGUCUGAUUACUUUAUUAAUCUGUUUCUCUCAUAUUUUCCUCUUUACAUUCAAAACCAACUACUCAAUUUACUUCAAGACUGGCAUGCCUUUCAAACUUAUAAUCAACUCAACAAUGUUUAGUAAAUCUUGAAUUGCAUUUUUUUUGUGUAAAGCAACUGAGAUGUAAUCAUUUUAUCCUCUUUUUAUUGAGCCAGUUUUUGUAUUAAUUUGUAGAAAAUGGUGAAAAUGUGAAAAUAUUUUUCUGUAAUCUAACUUGGGGAAUGUUUUUCUUUUCUUCAGACGUAGCACUAAUGUGGACUGCAAGGCUAUAUAUAUCUUGGUCUCUAGAAUUGUAACUACUUUUUUCCUUGUAUUGCAUGCUGAUCAGUCUUAUUUUUUUUCUUCUUAUUGGUACAUGUAUAUCAGUAUUUUUCCCCUUCAGAAUAUCAUCUGUUCAUUCAUUUUGUAAGGUACUCCAGCAUUAACGGGUAGCUUAGGAUUGGGCAUAUACCGGUAGAGACAAUUUUUCUUACAUCUAACAGUGAAUAGUGGAAUUCAUAGUGUUCCAUCAUUUCAAUUAACUCAAGUAUUUAAUUUUCCUUUUUAGUAAUUUACUUUCAUGAUCUGUCUUUUCUUACCUUUUAUUCUUGUAUUUCUCAUUCCUUCCUAUAUGGCAAUUGUCGAUUGUGUUAUUUUAUCUAUUUUUUUUAAACGGCAGGAAAAACACAGAUUUUAACACACUUCCUAUGAUUAUCUUUUUCAUUAUGCUUCCAUUCUAUUAUUCUUUCACGCUCUCUCCUCUUCUCUCUCUCUCUCUCUCUCUCUCUCUCCCUCUCCCUCCCUCUCUCUCUCUAUAGAUAUAUAAAUAUAUAUAUCACUCUCUUUCUCUCUUAAUUUCGAAAUGUCAACACUUGAUACUUAAAACAAAUAUCAAGAUUUUUUGAAUUAGUGCAAUCUAAGUAAAUAUAUGAUUAUUUAUAUUAGAUCAGCAUUUUUUUUCUUGGUUGUUAAUGUUAUAUGAUGCACAAGUGGGUAAAAUUAUUCAUAGAAAAUAUCCGUCCCAGAGGUAGAAGAUAUCAUGGUAUUUAUCUCUGUGUAAUCCUGGAUAAUAAUUCUGAAUAGUUGUCUAUCCAAGAUUCAAAUACGAGCAGAAAUGUAUCCCAUUGUUUUUCAUAAUACAGGCCCAUAUUUAGAACGUUUGACACGUAGGAGAUUAUUGUUCUUAUAUUUGUAUACCUGGAAAAGGAAGAUAUCGUCUUAUUAUUUGUGUGCUCCGAUAUAUUUCAGGUCUUUGUUUGCCUAAGGCACAUUGGAAAAGUAAGUUUUCAAGAGAUACUGUUCAUAUCUACCAAACAAUUCUCCAUGCAUACUGUUACUCAUUAUUUUACUAUGAAAAAAUCUUUGUUGUGUGUAUUGUUCAUUUGGAUAAAAGAAAACCUACACAACAAACCUAAAGAAUCGGAAACUACAUCUCUCUGAAAAAAUUUAUAAUACACCUAAAUAGGGAUGGUGGAUUAUUUUGCUUUUGAAUGAAUAUCAUUUGUAAAAUGUUACUCAUCUGGUGUUGAUUUAAAUAUCAAUACGUAUCAAACUUGCCUUUAUGUUCAUUAUAAAAUUAGGUAAUAUAUGUAUUGAAUACAGUCUACCUGUACUGGCCCUUUUUGUACUUGUAGAGGCUGUAAAUAAAAUAUUUUUACGAGUGAUGGACAGAUCCUUA